UUAAGGACUGUUCAAAUAUACUCGAUGGAAACACAUAUAUGAUGAUCAUAAAAGACCCAGUUUCUGUAAGGCCAGAUGGCAUUGUUCCAAACUAUACAGCGGCAGUAAAAAUUUGGUGGUCGAUCGUUGAGGAGUGUCCGAAUUGAUAAAGAAGAGGACAAAUUGGACGUUCUAUUAUUGCAGGCAUGACGAAUGCCUUUUGUUUAUGGAAAUUCACAACAGUAUAUAAACAUAAUCGUAUUUUCUGUUUUGGUUACUCAUCAACUGGCGCACCAAGUAUUUUCCACGUGAAUGGCGGCAGUGGAAGUAGAUGAACUGAAUACAUCAAAGCUCCAAAUUGUAAUAUUGGCGCCUUUCGUGUAAGAGUAAAUCUGUUUUCAUAUACCCUGGAACGUUGGGACCAAAAUAUUAUGCAUGGAGAAAACAUUGUUGAUGGAAAAGUGAUGUCAAAUUAACGACUAAAUUUGACAGGAACUGUAUGAGUCGUCGUGCAAUAACAUCAUUUUGGAGCAUCGGGGGAAUGAUUUAGUAUUUGACACAAAGCUGCAGUGGAUAAUGAGAUAAAACGUGAGAGAGUGGCGCUAAAGAACAAUCAGCAUCAGAUGAAGAAAGGUGACAGCAUUUCAAUGGAAGGUGGCUCUCGAACAGGAGAGAUAGCGGUCGCUAAACCGCGCAAGGUCAGUCAACUCAUUGAAGCCAAUCUAUCCGUGACAUCAACACGAGCUCGAGCGUUGACGUUCAGUGAUGCCGUGAGCGACCGCGACAGCGAAGCUUCGACGUCGACGCAACGACGACCACCGGCGCUUCAUCGAGAUCGCGCGGCGAGUCUUAUGAACUUGAAGCGAGGGGCGUCGCUCUAUUUUGGCAAAGACAUUACGACGUCUAUGUGGUGGAAAUACCGUCAGAUCCAUGGCGGCGUCGGGGCGCUACGAGGUGAUCACCGUGACGGGACAUUGGAAUAUGAGAACUCAUACCAGCUCGAGCCACAUUCGGGACACAAAUUCACGCCGGGUAAAGUGGAGGAAUGUAUUCGAGAGGUACUGGGGUAUCUUUUUGAGCAUGAGGAUUACGACCCAAAGAGAGCCGCCGUCUUGGCAGCGGCUAUAUCCGACACGGUUAAACAGAAAGUGAAAAUGAUGUGCGGUUUCGACCGGUAUCGUCUGGUAGUCAAUGUCGACAUCGGAUCGAGAGUGCCCGGUCAGGAAGUGGUGAUCGCGAGUCGGUAUCUUUGGAACACAGACACGGAUGGGUUUGCGACGGUGUCCAGUCAGAAUCGAACCAUGUAUGCUGUCGUUACAGUGUAUGGUGUUUAUAUGGAUUAGAAUGACACCCUGCUUGACAAAUUCAAUAAAAGAACAGUAUUCUGCAAAUAUAUAUUCAUCAGUGACAUAUACAGAGCUUAUUGACGACAAAAACUUCAUUGAAUUAAGCAUAAACAUAAUUUACUGUACUAGAAAUGUAUGGACAAAAUCAUUAUUGUUUUUAGGGAGAGAGAGAGAGAGAGAGAGAGAGAGAGAGAGAGAAAUUCCAUCUUUUGCGCACCUCAGAAGUUCAACUUGUAUAGUUAACCAACUAAACAGUACUUUCGUAUUGAAUAUCCCAAUUCUUAGCUAGGGUCUAUUUAGUUUUUUUUGUUGUUGUCAUAUUAUCAUUUACAUUGUGCAUUUCAAUAUCAAUUAAAUUUUAUUUUAUUUCACCAAUUAAAGCGAUUAAAAAAAAAAA